UGUACAGCAGUCAGUCGCUCUGUGCCAUCAACAACAUGGCCAUAUGCCGAAAAGACAGCUUCCUUUGGGGGAAAGCUCCACCAAAACUCCCCCCAGGAGAGAAGAGACAGGGUGGCACCAUUAAGAUUCACAAGUUUGAGCUGCUGGAUGACAUUCAGAAGCUGAGGUUGGAGAUCAAUCACGUCAUGCCAGAUAUCCACAGUCCUGAGCUGAAGGAGCAGAAUAAAAAUAUUAUGAGGAACAGAAGAUUCUUACGUGGGAAAAAGAAAUUCAACAUGGACCCUAAAGGGGGUGUCAAUUACCUGGUUGAACAUGACCUGUUGGAAUGGCGAGCAGAGUCGGUGGCCGAGUUUCUUUACAAAGAGGAAGGACUGAACAAGACCGCCAUUGGCAACUUCUUGGGAGAAAGGGAGGAAAUGCAUCUGCAGACACUGAAAGCGUUUGUGGGCUUGCAUGAAUUCUCAGAUCUGAAUCUGGUGCAGGCACUGAGGCAGUUUCUGUGGAGCUUUCGUCUCCCUGGAGAAGCUCAGAAGAUUGACAGGAUGAUGGAGGCGUUUGCAACUCGCUACUGCAACUGUAACCCAGGGGUCUUCCAGUCCACAGACACAUGCUACAUCCUGUCUUUUGCCAUCAUCAUGCUCAACACAAGUCUCCACAACCCCAACGUGAAAGACAAACCCAGUCUGCAGCGAUUUGUAUCCAUGAACAGAGGGAUCAACAAUGGGGAGGACCUGCCCACCGAGCUGCUCACGAAACUGUACGCAAGCAUCCGCAGCGAGCCAUUCAAAAUCCCAGAGGAUGAUGGGAAUGACCUCACGUUGACGUUCUUUAAUCCAGACAGGGAAGGCUGGCUACUUAAAAUGGGUGGACGAGUCAAAACCUGGAAGAGGAGAUGGUUCAUUCUGACAGACAGCUGCUUGUACUACUUUGAAUACACCACAGAUAAAGACCCAAUCGGGAUUAUUCCUCUGGAGAACCUGUGUGUCAGGAAACUACAAGACACAAGCAAACCAUAUUGUCUGGAGUUAUAUAACCCCAAAGGACAAAAGAUCAAGGCCUGCAAGACGGAGAACAAAGGCAGAGUGGUGCAGGGUAAACACCAGUCCUAUAAGCUCAGCGCAGCCAGUGCAGAAGAACGGGACGACUGGAUAGACGCAAUCAGGGCGAGCAUCACCAAAGACCCUUUUUAUGACCUGGUGUCUCUACGAAAGAGGAAAAUCAUCAGCAACGCUUCCUCCUAGGACUGAAAUACGAGACAACGGAGGAAGCAACAUUGGAUCCUGGACGACGUGGGGUUUUUUUUGGAUUUGUCAUCCUGUGAUUUUAUGACAGAGCCUGUUCAGGAAGAGUAAAACCAAAACUGAACUGCAUUUUCACAGUAAUGUACAAAUUAGGGAACCAAAACUGUAAAAUGAGAAAACUAGUAUUGGUAUUUUGGGCUUGCAGUGUGUUACUUCUGCAAACUGCACGCAGUACUGCAGCAGCUUCAGGGGGCUGACUAUCCUACUGACAAACAUCUGCUGCAGAGUCGAGGCCCAGAUGGGUGGCAUGGCAUUCCCUCCAGGAAUCUGAUCUUCUGGUGCCUCCCCACCAGGGUCAGAAAUGGUAGAAAGUUGGCUUGUCAGUAUCAGGGAUGGAUUACUGAAUGGGCCUACUGGAUGCAGGUUCCCUUUGACUGAACCUCUGUAUCAACUGACAGUGAACAUUUCUUUUAGGAAAGGAAUGUACAUGUACAGCAAACACAAAGAGAUGCACCAUAGCUAAAAAGGGAGACAAAAUGACCACAGACAAAAAAUGACUAAAAAGUGACAGAAAAACAACCACAAAGAGACACGAAACAACAAAAAAGUGAAAUAAAACAACAGAAAAGGGAUGAGAAAACGACCACAAAGCAAGGUAAAAUGACUAAAAAGGGAUGCAAAAUGACCACAAAGAGAGAGGAUAACACAUAAAAAAGGGGCACAAAAAGGCCCGUUAGUGACAUAUUACAACCUCAAAGGAGAAAAAUUACUAAAAAGGGAUGCAAAAUGAAAGCAAACACAAAACACUGCUGAAAAGAGAUGGAAAUACGACCAUAAAGCAAGGCAAGACGACUAAACAUUGACACAGAACUACAGAAAAUGGACAGGAAAAUGACCAUAAAAGGAGGAAAAAUGACUAAAAAGGGACAAAAAUUUAACCCAAUGGCCACUGACACAACAUGACAACAAGGAGACUGGAAAACAUAUGAAAAGGGAUGCAAAAUGACGGGAAAACAACCACAAGAGAUGCAAAAUGACAUAUUAGUCAAACAAAAUAACCAAAAAGAAAAUUAAUAAAAAGGGAUGCAAAAUGACCACAAACACAAAAAAAUGAACCAUGAAAAGAGGCAAAAUUAUUUGAAAGGGACACAAAAUGACCACAAAGACACGCAAAAUGAUUAAAAAGAGACAGGGAAAUGACCACAAAGAGAUACGAAACGACUAUUAAGGGACGCAAAAUAAGCACAAAGUAACAUGCAAUGUCAAGAAAAUAAAAAAAAGGAAAAUGAUAAAAAUGAUGUAAAAGUAAAAAUUAAAGGAUCUGUUGAGGAAAAAAGUAAUAGCACUUUGUUAAACCUGCUUUUUUAAAUCUUAAAAAAAGCAUGUCACUCAUUAUAUCAUGCAAUUUAAGUCUUUUUUCUCUCAAUAAAUACCAGCUUUUACAGUAGAGUGCUUCAUUACAGGUGAAUUGUAAAUAAAGUUAAAAAAAAAAAUAGGUUGAAACAAAGCUAAAAUAUCUUCAAGUUUUAAAUUAACUUAUGAAUUGUACAGUAUAUUUUAUUUAGCUUAAACAUAUUUUUCUUCACAGUGUUUUUUUUUUAAUGUAUGUAUAAUUUAAUGACUUUGUACUGAUGGAACAAUCAAACUACUUUUAAAAUAAACUGGUCUAUUGUACAGACUGUUUGUGUGGCUGUUUCUCCAGCAGGUGGAGCUACAACAUUUCUUCUCUUUUUAAUCUGAGCGCUCAUGAUCACAUAUUAACUUUCACUGUUACACACUAUUUUAAUCUUGUUAUGACUGUAAUGAUGAUGAGAAGG